AAGUUCACAGACCGACAGAACGGCGACACGACUUUACGCCCAGCAACUACAAUGGCUGUCGUCAACGGUUCGCGUCCGCAUACUCCCGUAGAUACACCCGUCAAUGGCUUGGACAGCGGAGCGCAGACCCCAAAGACGCCUCUGCAGAGCGGGCUCGCCCUCACUGAAUACACCGUAAACCCAUCUCCGCCGACGGAGAGCGUCAAGGAGAAAGCGCAAACGGCAGUUCCUGAAGCAUUUCUGCUACCUAACGGAUAUCCAGACUAUCUUCGACUCAUUCUCACCUCGCGUGUCUACGAUGUCGUUCAGGAAACGCCUCUCACACAGGCAACAAAUCUAAGCAGCAGACUUGGGUGCAAUGUGAUGCUCAAGAGGGAAGAUCUCCAGCCAGUGUUCAGCUUCAAGCUGCGAGGCGCGUACAAUAAGAUGGCACACUUGAACAAGAGCGAACGAUGGAAGGGGGUUGUCGCGUGCUCCGCAGGAAACCACGCGCAGGGCGUUGCGUAUUCGGCACGCAAGCUCAAGAUUCCUGCUACCAUCGUCAUGCCCAAGGGCACGCCGUCCAUUAAACACACCAAUGUUUCACGAAUGGGCGGACAUGUUGUGCUUGAAGGUGAUGACUUCGACGCAGCGAAGGAGAAGGCUGCAGAGCUUGAGAGGACACAUGGCCUCAUAUCCAUCCCGCCCUUUGAUGACCCGUACGUGAUAGCAGGUCAAGGCACCAUUGGCAUGGAAAUUCUCCGGCAGACCAGCCUCGAGGAUCUUGAGGCUGUGUUCUGCUGUGUGGGGGGAGGAGGCUUGAUCGCGGGAAUAGGCGUAUACAUCAAGCGCAUAGCUCCACACGUCAAGAUCAUCGGCGUGGAAACCUUUGACGCGAAUGCCAUGGUGCAGUCGCUACAGCAAAAACGCAGGGUCGUGUUGAAGGACGUGGGGCUUUUCGCAGACGGCGCGGCCGUGAAGACCGUUGGUCAGGAGACAUUCCGGCUGUGCUCGGAGGUUGUGGACGACGUGAUCCAGGUGACCACAGACGAGACGUGCGCUGCCAUUAAGGACGUGUUUGAGGACACGCGAUCCAUCUUAGAGCCUGCUGGCGCUCUUGCACUCGCCGGUCUCAAGAAAUACGUUGCCUCAAAUCCGAUGCCCAACGUCAGCAACCGGGGCCUCGUAGCCAUCGCGUCCGGCGCAAACAUGAACUUUGAUCGACUCCGCUUCGUAGCUGAGCGCGCGGCCCUGGGAGAGAAGAAAGAAGCUCUUCUUCUUGUCACCAUUCCGGAAAGACCUGGCUCCUUCGUCCAACUGGUCGAGGUGGUCGGCGACCAUGCCAUAACGGAAUUCAACUACAGACUAUACGCGCACUCUGAACGAGCAAACAUAAUGAUUGGUGUGGAGUUCUCCGCCGCCCGACGAGACGCCGACCUUGCAAAUCUCAUCGAUCGUCUGAAUGAACAAGGCAUGUCCGCCGUCGACGUCUCGGACAACGAACUGGCCAAGACGCACAUUCGAUAUCUCAUUGGAGGAAAGAGUGGUAGCAAGGACGAGAAGCUGUUCAUGUUCGAGUUCCCCGAACGCGCGAAAGCGCUGUACAAAUUCUUGACGACGCUACAGCCCGGCUUCAACAUCUCGCUGUUCCAUUACAGGAACUAUGGCGGCGACGUGGGAAAGGUGCUCACGGGAAUCCAGUGUAAAGACGAGGACAGAGCCGAGCUGGACGCGUUCUUGAGGAAGAUACGGUAUCCGUAUGUAGAGGAGACGGACAACCCGGCGUACAGGAUGUUCUUGAGGGAGGACUAAUUUAUUUUUCUUUGCGAACGGGGGCGGCUGGCGUUUUGGUAAACACAAGGGCAUCCGCUUAUUUGCCAAUAUCUUCCCUUGGAGUGCAGGCUGGUCUUUGUUCUCUUCCACCAGAGACGUUUGUCAGCUUACAAGUGCUCAUCGAAGUAUGUUUUGACUAUUGCUCAUUCUCCCUUUUUGAGAGCUCUUCCAACGCGAAGACGAUCCAGCACGCUUGUUUUGACAUUGCAUGAGUGGCUGACGGCAGCUUCCCCACAACCACGGCGAGUCCAUACACCAAAUGUUCUGCAAAUUUAUCUGCCGCUUUUCAACACAAGAAGCUUGGGAUGAGUGUCUUAUCUCGUUUUUAUCUCCUAGACCGUGAUCCCCAGGACUUACAACCUGGUAUCCCAGGUCGUCAUGAUCGGUGAAGAACAGAACACAGAAGAAAUACUGUUACAUGUUGAUUCGACUAAAUCACAGUCUGUUGAAGCGAUGUUUCCUUCUUCGUGUGAUGUUGGCCACGAGUACUGCUUGCGAACUUGACGAGGUCACUAUCUCUUAAUGAACCCAAGUAAAUGCGGAUGACGGCAUUUUGACUGAUGGACACUACUUGUUCAGUAGCAGAUCGCUUAGCUGGUUUUGAGGCCCAAAGAUUGCCUGUCGAACAUCUUGACCACUAAUUAGAAGAUUCUCCAAAGUCACAGGCAGCCUUCCGAAGGACGUGAUCUCGGUGCCUCCUUCAUACGCCUUGUUCUUGGUCUAUGAGUUGAAGUAGCCAGUAUUCGGG